ACCGAAGGUGAUGCAACUUUUAACUACAUUGGCCGUAAAUUUGAACUUUAACUCGAUCAGACGGCGGAGAGAAGACGGCGAGCUCACUUCUACGCAUAGAAAAGUUUCUGGAUUAGGGCAGAAUUAACACAAAGCAGCAACGCCACUCCAGCUACACUUGCAGAAGGAGGGAAACCGAGACGGAGAGCCCGAAGUGACAGCGUGAAGAAACUUUGAAGCGCGCCUCGGAAAAAGUUCUGACCGCGAGGGUCCAUCCCAGGCAAGAGAGAGCAGCAGAGACCCGGAGGAUCUUUGCCGCCAAGGUCCUGAAGCAUGGAAGAGAAGCAGUUUGCUGGGAUCCUGAAUGGAGCCGUUCCAGGAGAGCCAGUGAAGAAGGACGAAAACCUCCGAAGAGGGAACUGGGGCAACCAGAUUGAGUUUGUCCUCACAAGUGUGGGCUAUGCUGUGGGCCUUGGCAAUGUCUGGAGGUUUCCCUACCUCUGCUAUAGAAAUGGAGGAGGUGCCUUCAUGCUACCGUACUUCAUCAUGUUGGUCUUCUGCGGCAUUCCUCUGUUCUUUCUUGAGCUUUCCUUUGGCCAGUUUGCCAGCCAGGGGUGUCUGGGUGUGUGGAAGAUCAGCCCCAUGUUCAAAGGUGUUGGCUAUGGCAUGAUGGUGGUGUCCACCUACAUUGGGAUCUAUUACAACGUGGUCAUCUGCAUCGCCUUCUACUACUUUUUUAUGUCCAUGACAAACCUGUUGCCCUGGACCUAUUGCAACAACCCCUGGAACACGCCAGACUGCAGCGGCGUGGUGGGCAGCGGCUACCAAAUCAAUAACAGCCUUGCGAACGCAACCACCAGCCUGGUGGCAGGGGUGUCCGAGGUUGUCAAUCGCACCAAGAGGACCAGUCCCAGUGAAGAAUACUGGAAGCACUAUGUUUUAAACAUCUCAGACGAUAUCGGAAACUUCGGAGAGGUCCGUCUCCCUAUCUUGGGCUGCUUGGCGGUCUCCUGGUGCGUGGUUUUCCUCUGUCUCAUCAGGGGUGUCAAGUCCUCCGGAAAGGUGGUAUACUUCACAGCCACGUUCCCAUACGUCGUUCUGACCAUCCUGUUCAUCCGUGGGAUCACCCUGGACGGAGCCAUAAAUGGCAUCAAGUACUACCUGACUCCACAGUGGCAGAAGGUCCUGGAUGCAAAGGUGUGGGGAGAUGCUGCCUCACAAAUCUUCUACUCCCUGGGUUGUGCCUGGGGGGGUCUCAUUACUAUGGCUUCCUACAACAAGUUCCACAAUAACUGUUUCAGAGACAGCAUCAUCAUCAGCAUAACCAACUGUGCGACCAGUGUGUAUGCCGGCUUUGUCAUCUUCUCCAUCCUGGGCUUCAUGGCGCACAACCUGAACGUCCCUGUGUCUGAGGUGGCCGACCACGGCCCUGGUCUGGCUUUUGUGGCCUACCCUGAAGCGCUCACUCUGCUGCCCAUUUCUCCACUCUGGUCCCUGUUGUUCUUCUUCAUGCUCAUCCUGUUGGGACUGGGAACACAGUUCUGUCUGUUGGAGACUUUGGUAACGGCCAUCGUGGAUGAGAUCGGCACAGACUGGAUCAUUCGAAACAAGACUGUGGUCACACUCUCGGUGGCCGUCGUUGGUUUCCUGCUGGGGGUGCCUCUGACAACACAGGCUGGAAUCUACUGGUUGCUGCUGAUGGACAACUAUGCUGCCAGUUUCUCCCUGGUCGUCAUCUCCUGCAUCAUGUGUAUCUGCAUCAUGUAUAUUUAUGGCCACAGGAACUAUUUUAGGGAUGUUGAGAUGAUGCUUGGUUUCCCUCCUCCACUCUUCUUCAAAGUCUGCUGGAGAUUCAUCUCCCCCCUCAUCAUCAGUUUCAUUCUGAUCUUCACGGUGAUCCAGUACAAGCCCAUCACAUAUAACGACUACGUGUACCCCGGCUGGUCCCUGGCCAUCGGCUUCGCCAUGGCUCUGUCCUCCGUGGUCUGCAUACCAGUCUAUGCCCUCUACAAGAUCUCAAGGUCCCCAGGAGCCACUUUCAGAGAGAGGUUGAAGGCUGCAUGCCGUGCGCAUCCCAAGUGGGGUCCGGCCCUGCUGGAGCACAGGACGGGCCACUACGCCCCCAUGGCCUCCGAAGACACCGUGGAGGCGCGUCCCUUCAAGGAGAAGGAGGAACUGAAGGAAGAGCAGAAGGAGGAGGAGGAGGAGGAGAAGAAGGAGGAGAUCAGCCUCACCAUCCAGGGAAGCAACGGCUCCACCAACACACACAACAACCCCAACCCCAGCGCAUAGACACACCGCGUCUCCGUAUCAACACUACCGGCUACGGCCCACCUUCCCGACCUUCUCUUCCCCGCCGUUUCCGCCCUUCUUCUCCAUCCCGCUUUCCCACAGCCUGCUGUGGGGGAGAUCCCAUUCGCUGGAGACCUUUACAUAUUGUAAGGGCUUAUUAUAUCUAUCCUAAUCUCUUCUGUCUACGUGUUGUCUAGAUAAAUGAAGAAGAAAAAAAAAAAACGAAAGGAAGAAGAAAUUGGAUCAUCAUCCAAAAAACACGGUGUGUUUGUGUGUGUGCGUGAGCUGUAAUUUCCUCCACAUAAUUUAAUAAUGCAUUUUGUUUUUCCUUUCCUUUUUUUUUUUUUAAACUUGUAAAUCCCAUCUCCAUCAGCAGUAGAAGCCGCAUUGUUCCCCUGUAGUCAGAGCGACUGACUUUGUAGCAGCAGUGACUUGACGGCUGGAUUAGUUGGGGUUCUGAAGCUGCUUUUUGGAAGAGGAAAGCCUAUUUGUACCUGAUGAUGCUUAAGAAAAAACAAAAAAAAACAGAAAAAUAGGCUUCAUUCAUGGCCAAACGCCAAGUCCUGGUCUCAAACGGUACAUUUUACAGCACACGGUGACCUCAAACAACAGCUGAUCUUCAAACUAAGCCUGUUUUUAAUGCUGCGUUUUCUUUACAUGAAAGAAGAAAGUUUUACAAAAAGCACAGCAUCCAAGACGUCUGCAGCUAAAGGCUGAGGACAUGUCCUCCUAUAGCUACCUUUAACUUGCUCUGAGAGUCCAGCAAGAGAGGCGGGACUACAAGAAUUUUACAGUUUUACAAGCUCCCAGGCCUCUGUUAGAGGACCUGAGCUUGGGUAAGAACCCCAAGGGGCGUUUUGUAAAUAUAUAUACUGUAUUUUUCGGACUAUAAGUCAUCUUAUUUUGGAGUAUAUGUCACAGCUGCCAAAGAAUUCACAAUAAAAAAUAAAAAAAAUAAAAGGAAAGUCGCACUUUUGGGAUACAUUUAUAUAACACAAUAUGGGAACAUUUUACUUUAAAAGGCAAAUAAAAGCAAUGGAAUAGAUAACAAUAUUAGACUGAAUAAAUGCACACUACCGUAACCAUAUUUAGCUUCAUGAAACAUCGGAGGAAUCUAGUGGCGCAACAAGUGUUAAGCUAACCAUAGCUUAAAGAACAUGCUAACAAUUCAACAAAACUCUUUAAAUCACUUCAAAUUGCUAAAUAUGUUGAAGUCUUUAUCGUCUGCAUCAAUUGGGAACAAUUUUGCUGCACAUAGCUGCGUUCACACGUUCAAUGCGCGUUUAAGUAGCCACUUCCGGUAGAAAGCUUAUGUAAACAUGCAUUUCGGGUUCACACGCAGCUACACUAGAUUUCUCGGACAGUUUUCGGGUUGCACUUACAAAACACGUAGCUAUAGAACACAUGUUACAAAUUGAACCAGGUUGAACUUUGACCAAUCAGGGACUUGGAUUUGGUAGUGACGAAUGGAUGGCAUCUCCUUCAUUUUAUGGAAGUGUAAACCGUUAGAAAAUUGAUCAUGGAGGAGAAAUUAAUAAUAGCGGAAUUAUACGACACCAAGCCUUUCAUAUAAAGGAAUAGAGCUCUGAAAGAAAAGGUCUGGAGCAGGAUUUGCGAAAUUCUCAAAGCUACGACAUUUCGCAAGAAGUCGUUUCACCAAGUCUCUUCCAAUUGUAGGUGGCGGACAUGCGCUAGCAGAAAAGAGAACGAAGCCCCUCCCUUCUUGUCCGGUGUGAACACCAUGCGCUAAAAGCAUGUUCAAGAAAUCGGGACACAUGACUGGUAUGUCCAUAGCUUAAGAAAAGACAGCGCUUCUUCUUCUGCGCUGCUGUCGGUAGCAAAUACUCAUGCACAGCUACAGUGGCCUCUAGUGGUCUUUGCUAUUUAUUUUUUUAAAUCACAAAUAAAUCGCACCCCGGGUCAAACUAUGCAAAAAAAAAAAAAAAAACAUCUUAUACUCCGAAAAGUACGGUAUAUAUGUAUUUUCCAGAAACGGUCCCAUUGUCCAUUUCUCAGGGUCCAAGUGAAGGUAGGGUUUGUGGCUCCUUGGAAACUGUGCCAACAAUUAAAACCACCUGACUUUACUGGCUGUUGAAAAGCACCACCCAAAGCAGGUGGAUGCAACUCACUGUACACAGAAGGCCAUUUCUUCUUAAGUCUUCCAGGCUUUGUUUUUUGUUUUUUUUAUUGACUAAAAUGUAUCUUCGGAUGUUGUUUGUGAAGGACCGUCUGCGUUCAUUGUUGGCGUCUCCAACGGGUUCAGGCACCUGGAAACGUUGUAGAAGUUCCAUAGAAAUGCAUGUGUCAGACACUGGCAGCCUCUUCCUGUCUGGAACCUUUAAUGCAUGAAGAAACACUCGAUUUAAAGCUCUGAGCCAAGUUGUCGCCGAAGGAGAGACAGAAGGCAGAAGGAUGCUGCUCGUUUCCAGAAGAAACGAAAAACCUUGUAGUUUUAAACCUAGCUGCUUAUUAUUCUUCUCUCGGUAGACGUCUCCUUUAUACCUUCUAUUGUAAAGUAAGAUAGUAAAUAAUAUUAAAAAUAGGAUGUUUAUUUUGUAUAAAAGGUAUAGAAUUAACUGUUUACAAUUCCUCAUCCGUGACUUGAUUGUUCUUGUUUUCUUUUUGUUUGUUUAAGGGCAUUACCAUUAGAAAGUUACUGGUUCCAAGCGCAGUUUACCUGGUAACCACUAGGUGGCCUGAUGUGCACAACCAAGGCAGCCCAUUCAUUUCAAUUUGAAAGAGCCUGAUUUUACAACACAAACAAGAAUAGGCAUGAUAAAAAAAGUACUUUUUCAAUUUCCUGUUGUUCUGAAGGGUUUUGAUGAUGUCAUAGCUGUCCAAGAAAAUGGUGCCCAAAAACCCAAGAGGAGACUUUUUUUUUGUAACCCAUUGGGUACCAAAGCCUUAUAUAAAACUGGGUUUGGUUUCCCCUAUUAAAAUUUGGUACAGAUUUGGUUCAUGGUGACAUGAAAAUGGGACUUUUUAGAGCACUUACAACAUUUGAAUCUAAUAUGCAGUUUCUAUUAAAUUUGGCACACUUGUAGAGUUUGGGAGCAACGUCUUGCACAGCAGAACUGAGCACAAAGAUAGGAGGAAAACGACAGAGGCAGGCCUGGUGCUGCCUAAAGUUACACAUUUACCUUCUUACCCCACGACAUCACAUUGGUUUACGUUUGAGUAAAGCAGAACUCAGAUAUGCAUUAGAAAACACUCGAAGCUCUUAAUUUAGCAUUUAUUGUUAAAACAACCUUUUUUUUUAUUAUUUUCUACUGACGACUGAUUUGCUAUGCGAAUAUGUAGUUCAUUUUGAGCAAAAGCUUACGACACGGUACACGGCUAACCUCUACAGCAUGCUAGCUGUACUGCUGCUAAAAUAAAAAUAAAAACCAUGGCACUUCAUAUAUAAUAAAUUGUCGACUCUAUUAAUUCACAAAAUGCAGAAUAGGUGAUAUAAAUAAGUAGAAAAUUGUAUGUGACAACAAAAAAUACAUUUAUAACCAGCAGAUGGCUAACACCUAUGCUAUACUCGCUAUGCUGGGAUAUGGUAUCAAUAAACCACGACUGAAAACUGUCACAUUGUGUGAACUUGAGAUGGAAGUCCAGAAUAAUGAAAAUAGUGCAGUUUUAUUUUAUUUUUAGCAGCAAAAAAAAAAAAAUCAGCCGACACCACUAUGUUAGCCGCGUUAGCGUAGUCACUGUAACUUGUUUGCAUUGUAACACCGUUAAGCGUUAGCGUAAUCACAAUACUUGUUAUUCUCAACCUUGUUUACAACAUUGGAAGGAAAAAAAAUGGUUUUGACCGAGUAGCUCUCUAAAUGGCUUCGAAAUCAGAAAGCACAACCAGAAUUAAAAGUUAGAAGGGGCGCUUUUCAAAAAAAACAAAGGCUUUUCGGUGCGCUAGUGCAGAAAAUACUGCAGUAUUUGAGAACUUGAAAGUGCCUCCAUUCAAUUAAAAUAGUUAUUUUCCAAAAAGGAUACCAUUUUUUAAAAAUGUUUUACUGCUUCUAUGCAUGCAAGUUGAGUACAGCUAAAUAGCUCAUGCUAAACAAUCAGAUGUUACGAUAUGAUCAUACAACUAUAAUUUGCAGUCAAAGCUCUGACUGUUGGGGCCAAAAAACAUCAGUAGUGGAAUUGAAUAUAUUUAUGUAAGAAAUCAUUCCAUAAGCAUAUUUUUGGGAACAACCCAAAAUAGACCAGAGUGAAAAAAUAAAGAUGAGCAUAUCUGAUGUUGCUUUACUCACCUAUUUCUUUUUUUUAAAUGUUUGUUGUUUUAUCCUUAAAAGAAAACAAAACUGUGAUCUUGUCGUUUUGGUGUUGUAAGCACAAUCUUUUAAACAGUGAAGCAUUUAAUGUCGUUUUUAAAACUCGUUUUUCUGAAGUGCAAUUCCCUGUUGAGCCACAAGAGGGAGCGCUGCUGAAUCCCAGUAGAAGUGGGGCUGCAGUUUUUGCAAAUGUUCCUUACAAAAUAAGAGCACUCUAAUGUACACUGCACAGUUUUGAUCAAAACUUUGAUUUUAGUGUUUUUGAACAGAAAAUUUUCUAAAAAUGUGAUUUAACCCUGACGGGAAAAAAACUAGUUCUGCAAAAAGGAAUACAAAAUCAGUUUCUUCCCUUUUACUUUUUUUAACAGAAACUGUUCCUGUCCGCCACAACACCAUAUCUUGAUUUUAUCUAAAUAUAAACUUUUGUUGUCUACCAUUAGGAGUGACGGCAUCCACAGCAAAUGUAACGAGUGACGCUUAGCUGCCACAUUACCGUGCCCUCACCCCUCAUCAUCUCUGCUGCCCUUGCAUCCCUACUGUAAAGAAAUGUAAAAAAAAUACGAUAUGAUCCGAUUUUGUGUGUAUUUGUUUGUUUCUCUGCCUUUAUUUUGAAGGGUUUGAGCGGGGAACACACUUUGUUUGUGACUUUUUUUGGUCUGUUUUUUUUUUGUUUUUGUAGUGUAACGUAGACAUGGUUAAGUGUAUUGUGUAUCUGUGUGUAGUAGAUCAGCUCUAACUGCAGAGCCUGCUAGUAGAGCAGGCGUAGUAUCAGUAUUGAUGUCUGUGUUGCUCUAAUCUAUCUGAACUAGUCAUGUCUGUGUCUUUAAAAAGACAAAAAAUACGAUUUUGUACUAAAAGUUAAGACAGAAAAGUGUUUUUAGAUUUAGGGACACUGCUUUUUGUUUGUUUUUUUGAGGUUGUAUUCUACAGGAAAUCGACAAAAAACCCAGCAGAUAUUAUUUUUUUGUUGUAUUGCCAAACAAAAACGACAACAAAAAAACUUUUGGAUCGAAACUUGAACAUACAGAGAACGGUUCAUUUCUACAACACAAAACUGCAGCUGCAAAGACUUUGGUUUUCCUUCAUUUUUUUAGGUUGUUCUUUUGGUUUUUCUUUGUAUUUUACUCCACCAGUAUUGCAUUUUUAAGUUGUCUUACCCCCCAUAGCCCUUCAUGCAAACAGUUUGAUUGUGUUUGUCAUUGCGGUUGUGGAAAAAAAAGCAGCUUAAAAACACCAAAAUGACUGAUAAGACAUCAAAAUUCAUGUCAACCAUUACGGUCAAAAUGUAACCUUUUUAUGCAAACGUUUGUGUUCAAAUCUUUUAGCAACUAAAAAAAAGAAGAAAAGAAUCCAGUCUAUUAAUUCAGAUUUUACUUUUCUUGAUUGUGACAUUAAUCAUUAUUUAUGGCAAAAAAACAUACAUAAAUUCAGAAAGCCCAGCCUUUAAAUAUCGAUGUACCUUUUGUUUUCCAUCACGGUGUAGAAAGUCGCAGACAAACUGUAACGCAGGUUGAGCUUCAGACCUUUUUGGGUUUUUUUUUUUUUUUGUACUUAAAAAUAUACAGAAUAGCUGCUGAACUGUGAAGAAAAAAAAGACAAAACUGUGAUUUACUUUGUUUCUGUGGAUCUCUGUAAACAAAAAAGAACAUUACCUCCUUUCUUUCUACACCUCAUACAAACGUAGUGUUGCAGCACUUUAACAAAACCAGCAUUUGUUUGAAUAAAGCCGAUGAAAAAUAAUAAUAACUCACUCUUCCAUUUGGGAAAAAAAAAAAAAAAACACGAGGAAAUAAAUGUAUCUUUCAUUGGUACGGCUCUAGGAAAUGGCACUCCUGUUGCAUUAAAGGAGUGAGGAGGAAAAGCACAAGUGAGAAAAAGAGAACACAGCUCUCUCACUCUCUCUCUCUCUCACGCUCUCUCUCUCUCUCUCUCUCUCUCUCUCUCUAUCUAACAGUGUCUGGUCUUCUUGUUCUUCAACCUUUAGGGCCAAAAUCCAUUGAAAUGUCUUAGUCUUGUCAGCCGUGCAUCGUAAACUGUCAUGUUACAAAAUGGUAAAUAAAAUCUAUUUUAAAGAUCA